AUGGGGAAGUGGGGGUGGCUCAAUCAGCUCACCACCAUAAACGGAGUUACAAAGACAAGGCUCCUUGGAGGUGCUAAGAAGAGAAAGAAGAAGGUUUAUACUACUCCAAAGAAGAUUAAGCACAAGAGAAAGAAGAUUAAGCUAGCUGUGCUGAAAUAUUAUGAGGUCGAUGAUAAUGGGAAGAUCCGGCGCCUUCGCAUGGAGUGUCAGUCGCCAUCAUGUGGCGGAGGUGUCUUCAUGGCCGCCCAUGAAAACAGAUAUUAUUGCGGCCGUUGUCACGAUACUCUUGUUGUUGAAGAACCCGUUGCCUCAACAAAAACUAAGGGCAAAGGGAAGAAAUAA